AUGAUGCGACUUCCGGAGGUUAUUUCCUCACCAAAAGCCGUCGCUUCUACGCCUUACAAAUUUUCAAUCAGUCACAUGUUUCCGGAGAUCGUUUCAAAGGCGUCGGAGCAAAGUGAGACCGCCAGCCAAAAGGGUAAAACGUUUGAUUUGGUGCAGUGUUGCAGAGUAGAAACGGAAGAUUCUUCUCACUUGUCUGGAUUCGCUGCCAAUGACAACAGAAAAAGGCACAUCUCUGAUGAGUCAAUGGUCGAGCGAUGCACGGAAGUUACGUCUGCGGAUCAGACGGCCGGGGCGAAGGAGGAGUACUGUGAGAAACGAGAUGAUGGGCAGGACGCAAAUGAUAAGACGGUGAGUAACAAUGAGGCCGUGAAGAAGGUGAAGUACGAGAAGCCACCGUUCAGCUACAAUGCGCUGAUCAUGAUGGCCAUUCGACAAAGUCCUGAGAAACGACUUACUCUGAGUGGCAUUUACGACUUCAUCAUCAAAACGUUUCCAUACUACGGCGAAAACAAGCAGGGCUGGCAAAACAGCAUUCGACACAACCUUAGUCUUAACAAAUGCUUCAUUAAGAUGCCGAGGCAUUACGACGACCCGGGUAAGGGCAACUACUGGAUGCUGGACCCCUCUUGCGAUGACGUGUUCAUCGGCGGCAGCACCGGUAAGCUCAGAAGGCGCAACAACGCGCAUCGGGCACGCAUUGAGGCUCUGAAGUACCAGUUCGCCACCAACAUAUCCUCCUACCCAACGUACUCAAACUUCGUCGCUUCAACGAUACCCCACGCCGCUAUGUCACAUGUAUUUGACAGCCAACGAUCGCCCCUCAAUUUACCUCCUCUGUGCCCAGGUAUGACGACGAAUUUUUUUCCAAGAGCUGGCUCAGGAUUCAUCGAGUUUUCACGCCUGCAGGAUGUUCAUUCCGUUUUCCUCCAAACCCCGGUGCUGAACUCCCCGUUGCGCUUGUCCCCGCCACAACAACCAUUUUCUCAAUGGCCGUCUCUGCCUAGCCUGUGCAAGCCUGGUCGGUUCGACGUCCCAAACGAUGAGGUGCGCGCCUCCAGCGGAUUGCUCAAGAGCAACAGUCUCUUCGACCUCAUCGUACCCAGAAGCGAAAAUCCGGCAGCCGUCGACUAUGACAUGCUUCGAACCGUAUCCCGGCGAAGCUCCUUCGACGCAUUUCCCUCCUAA